GUUGAAAUUUUUACCAGCAAUAUUCAAAAUAAAUAUAAUUAUUUAAUUUAUCUUUCAUUAAUUGUUCAAAGGCAAAUUUUAUUAUUGUGAAGGUCCAUUAACUCAUAAUGUAACAACACGACAACAAUUUGAAGAAAUGCCUGAUCAUCAUUGGAAAAAUUAA